GCAACACUCUCCCAGCACUUUCUUUUUCACAGCUACCGCCAUCUAGGGUUUCGUCACACUGCCCCGGAAACCCUAGCCCCAAUCCUCUCUUCUCUUCACAAGCAAUCACAUAUAUUAUAUAUACACACAUUUCAAUCACAUCUAUUCAUAUAUAUCCAUACAUAUCCACACGUUUCAAUUGAAUUCCAUUUUUCUGGUCCAGUGGCCAUGGAUGAUGUGUGCGAAGGGAAGGACUUCUCGUUCCCAAACCAAGAAGAAAAAAUUCUCUCAUGGUGGGACUCAAUCAAGGCCUUCGAAACCCAGCUGGAACGCACUAAGCACCUUCCAGAGUACAUUUUCUACGACGGUCCACCCUUCGCUACAGGCCUUCCCCACUACGGCCACAUACUGGCCGGAACGAUCAAAGACAUUGUGACUCGCUAUCAGUCGAUGACUGGUCACCACGUGACUCGAAGAUUUGGGUGGGACUGUCACGGAUUGCCUGUAGAGCAUGAGAUUGACUUGAAGUUGGGGAUUAAGAGCAGGGAUGAUGUGCUGAAGAUGGGAAUUGAUAAGUACAAUGAGGAGUGUAGAGCGAUUGUGACGAGGUACGUGGCGGAGUGGGAGAAAAUGGUGGCGAGAGUGGGGAGGUGGAUUGAUUUUCAGAAUGAUUACAAGACUAUGGACUUGAAGUUUAUGGAGACCGUUUGGUGGGUUUUUGGCCAGUUACACGAAAAGGGUCUGGUCUAUAGAGGUUUCAAGGUUAUGCCCUACAGUACUGGCUGCAAAACUCCACUCUCUAAUUUUGAGGCCAACUUGAACUAUAAGGACGUACCUGAUCCUGAGGUUAUGGUGGCUUUCCCAAUAGUGGACGAUGCAUAUGGUGCAGCUUUUGUGGCAUGGACGACAACACCUUGGACCCUUCCCAGUAAUCUUGCCCUUUGUGUCAAUGCAAAUUUAGUCUAUGUGAAGGUUCGCAACAAGUUCAAUGGCAAAAUAUAUGUGGUUGCUGAAUCGCGGUUGUCAGAGCUUCCUGUUGAGAAAGCAAAAAAAAGCUUCCCAAACGAAGCUGGGAAUGAUUCCCCAAAUCUGAAUUCUAAAACUAAAGGAUCAUCUGGUGGAAAAGCUAAGAAUGUAGAGGAUACCUAUGACGUUUUGGAUAAAUUCUCAGGGGCCUCGCUUGUGGGUACAAGGUAUAUACCAUUGUUUGAUUACUUCAAGGAGUUUUCUGAUGUGGCAUUCAGAGUUGUUGCAGAUGAUUAUGUAACUGCUGAUAGUGGAACUGGAAUCGUGCACUGUGCACCUGCAUUUGGUGAAGAUGACAACCGUGUUUGUAUUGAGCAUCAAAUAAUUAUGAAGGUUGCUGUGUCGGACACCUCGUGUUCACUUCGGCCCUUGACAUUCAGUCCAUGCCCGCAAAUCAUAGCCACUGCCCACACCCAUGCAAGUACAAAUGCAUGCAG